GUGUGUCAUCUAAAAUCAUUUUUCAUAUAGUGCUUUUGGACAACUGGCGAAGUGAUUAAACACUUCACUUCAGAGUCUGACUACCAAAAUUUGAAUUCCAGCCCUUCCAUUUGCUACUGUCUAUUACUCAAUAAAUUCGUACCCUCUUUAAGCCUCAUUUUCUUAUCUUUACAUAGGGAUGAUCAUUGGUACCUAUCUGAUAAGAUUAUUAAUAAGAAAUAAAAUAAUCAAUGAAGAAUGACUAGUGUAGUUUCUGGCACAGAGGAACCACUCCAAUAAAUAAGACAGUUAAACGCUGGUUAUUAGGGACUUCUGCCUGUAGUCACGGUGAGGUAACUGGUACUAGACUUGCCCUCCCACUAUAAGCUACAAGAAAACUGAAUAAAAUAAGAAACCACUAUUUAAAGAUGAUGGAAAACAGAAAACACAGGACAAUGAUCCAAGGAGAAAGAGAGCCAAUGAGGGAAGCCCUAAAAUUACCUCAGCUUUCAACCUGAAGACAUUCUUUAGAAUGUAACAGUGUAUUUGUCAAUUUCACUGUACACAAUUGAUCUCAAUAAAACCGACUAAAAAAGAGAGACAUAAAAAUCCCAAAAUAUUUAGAGAUAAAUUUAACGUAAAUUUAUAUGAACGUGCAAAAGACCUAGAAUGUAUUUUUGUUUAUAUUGUAAAAAUAUAAAAAUGUAUUUUAGAAAGAGCAAAGUUGGCAGACUAUCCUAGCUAUCAAGGAAUGUAGUAAAUUUAUAGCAGUAGUGCUCAACAGGGCCAAUCUCCCUCCCCUCAGGGAACAUUUGGCAAAGUUGGGAGACAUUCUUUAUUGUCACUACUCUGGAGGGAGGAGAGCAGUAUGAUAUUGGUAUCUAGUGGGCAGAGGCCAGAGAUGCUGCUAAACAACCAACAGUGCACGGGACAAUGCCCUGAAACAAAAAAUUAUCUGGCUCAAAGUAUCAAUAGUGCCAAGGCUGAGAAACUGUGAUCUACAAUAAGGCAGUGAGUAGAGAUCAAUGGAACAGAACAGAUAAUCCAGGUAUGAAUCCACAUAUAUAUACGGAUUUUUGACAAAUAUGCCAAUGUGUAUCAAUGAGAGAAAGAAAAGUCUUUUCAGCCAGUGAUGCACAAUAGCUAUCCAAAUGGAAAAUAUAGAUAACUCUUGCUCCCCAACUCAAAUAGCAUCAAUGAACUCAAAUGGAAUUACAGGCCUAAAUAUAAAAGCUGAGGCUAUAGAACUUGAAAAAUAAGGUGAGAAGAAAUGUUCACAAUCUUAUGGUAGGCAAAGAUUUCUUAGGAUACAAAAAGCACAAAUGAAAAAAUUAAUAAACAGAUUCCAUCACAAUUUAAAAUUUCUGUUUCCUAGAAAGACCGUGUUAAUAAAAUAAAAAGUCAAGGCACAACCUGGGAGAAAACAUUCACAAUACCUAUUUCUGACAAAGAACUUGUAUCCAGCAUACACAAAAAGCUCUUACAAUUCAACAGUAAGACAAACAAUCUUAUAAGAAGUGGGCAAAAUGAAGAUAAUAGCGUGAUAGGAUAAGUUCACUAUAGCCCAUUCUUCCCACUUACUAUACCAAAAAGUCUACACAAAAUGCAAAACUAGCUACCCGAGAACUCUAAAAAGUAAACAAGAACAUUGUGGAGGAGAGGCAAAAUUACUUGGACUUGAGACAGUGAUUCAUGCAGGGGAGAGUUUCCCAGGUUUGUUCUCUCUUUCUCUUUCUCUCUCUCUCUCUCUCUGUCUCUCUCUCUCUUUCUCUGUUUCUGUUUCUCUCUCUCUCUGUUUCUAUUUCUUUCUCUCUCAGCUUUGCCCAGAAAGCACACUCUAAUUACACUACAGCAAUGCAGUGGUGGCAAAAGGAUGGCUACUCUAGAAGAAAUGCAGUAUUUCUGGUCAAAUGAACCAGGAUAGAGACCACAGAAGGAAACAAAGCAUGAGGACAUCCAGGAAGGAAGGUAGCCAGAAAAGCAGUCCUCUAAUUCUGUGAAUAAAUGCCUACAAGUCUCAGCCUAACUCCUGAAUUAUGCAUGAGUGGGAUAGACCUAAACCAGAAUAGAAAAGCUUUCAGAAAGAACCAAACUAAGAUUUAAACCAUGCGCACACAUCUUUUUAUCCUAAUUGCUAAAUAAUGCAUGCAAAAAACAGACCCAAAUGAAUACGGCAAAGGCUUAGAGAACUGAGAUUUGCACCACUGUAUACUAAAGGCAAGACAGAACUUGCAGCUCAAACCUAACUAAAUUGAUUUCCGGAUAAAGCUAAAACAUCAGCUCUCUACGGAGGAUUAUGUACCUGACCCAAAGUCUACAUAAAAUGAUAUUCAAAAUGUCUAGGACAAUCUAAAAUUACCCAACAUACAAAUAACCAGAAAAAUGUGAACAAUUCUCAAGGAAAAGAAAUUAAUGUCAAUCCCAAGGUGGGCCAUGUGUUGGAAUUAUCAUCAAAGACUUCAAAAUGCUAUUAUGAGUAUGUUCUGUGAGGUUAAGAGAAACACAUUUGGCACAAAUAAAAAGAAGUUCUCAAUAGAGAAAUAGCAACUGUAAAAAAAUAACCAGAUGAAAAUGUUAGAACUGAAAAAUACAAAAUCUGAAAAAAAAAUUUCACUGGAUGAUUUCAAUAGCAGAAUGGUGAUGUCAAUUGGAAAGAGUCUGUGAGCUUAAAGAUAGAUACAUGUGAUUUACACAAAUCUGAAGAACACAGAGAAAAGGUUAAGACAUAAAUGAGCAGAGUCUCAGGGAUCCAUGGAAAAACGUAAAAAAAUUUAACAUACAUGACAUUAGAGUCCCAGAAGGGGAGGAGAAAUAGGCUGGAAAAAACAUACUUGACAAAAUAAAGACCUAAAUCUUCCUAAAUGUGGUGAAAAAUGUAAAUCAAUGUACUUAAGAGGCUCUGUAAACCCCAGAAAGGAUAAGGUCAAUGAAAACCAUGCCUAGACACAUUAUAAAGGGCUAAAAACCUUAUCUAUUACCACUUACGAAGGAUAAACAAAAACAUCUUCAAAACAGCUAGAGAAGAAUGGCACACUACAUACAGUAGAAUAACAACAGGGAUAUAUCCAUGCAGUGGAAUAGUGCUCAACAAAACAGGAACAAACUAUUGAUUCAUGCAACAGCAUAGAUUAAUCUCAAUAGCAUUAUGCUAAGAGAAAUCAUACAAAAGCUACACUUUAGAUUCCAUUUGUAUAAAAUUCUAGAAAAUGUAAAAUAAGAGAGCAGAUCAAUGGUUGUCUGUGGAUGGGAAUGGAGGGAAGAUGGAUUAUAAAAGCAAAUGAGAAAAAUUUGGGGGUUGAUAUAAAUAUUUGUUAUCCUGACCAUGGUGAUAGUUUCUGAGGUGUGUACAUAUGUAAAAAUUGAUCAAAUUGUACACUUUAAAUCUAUGUAGCUUAUUGUACUUUAAUUAUAACAAUAAAGUUAUUAAAAUGAGAAAAGAUGUAAACCCUUAAAUGAAAAUAUACAAAUGGCAGUAUGCACAUAAAAGAAAUGCUCAACAUCAUUAGUCAUCAAGAAAAUGCAAAUUAAAACCAGAAUGGUAUCUAUACACCCACGAGAAUGGCAAAAGUUAAAAAGAAUGUGAAGAAACUGGGACAUUUCCCAACAUUACUGUUGGGAAUGUAAAAUGAAUGUAUCAUUUGAUAUUCCAUAAAAUGGAAACAGUUUGGCAGUUUCUUACUUAGUUAAACAUACACUUAAGAUGUGAUCGAACUACUCAAAUCCUAGCUAUUUACCUAAGAAGAAUGAAAACUAUACCCACUCAAAGACUUGUAUGUAACUAUUUCUAGCAGCACUAUUCACAAUGGAAACAACUAGACUGUAUGCACAGAAGGCUAGAUAAGCAAAUUGUGUUACACCACGUAACAGUAUUACUACUACUCCUCAAUAAAAGGGAGCAAACUAUACCACAAAAAAGAUGAAUCUUAAAAACAUAGUGCUGAAUGUUAGAAGCUCACUAGGCACAAAAGAACAUGUACUGUGUGAUUCCAUAUAUUCUAGAAUAGGGAAAAUAAAUCUAUAGUAUCAAAAACACAUCAGUGGUUGCUUGGAGUUGGGAAGCAAGAGAGCGGAUUACCUGAAAAGAGGCAUUUCUAUAUAUUAAUUCCAAGGUUGUUAUUUGAUGUAUAAAUUCAUGAACAGUAUACUUUGUGGUGUAUGUAAAUUAGACCUCAAUGAAGUUGAGUUUUUAAAAGGUGAUAACGUAACAUGAAUUAAAUUUAUAUAAAACUAAAGAGAUCAAAAUAAUAUGAUGUUGGUACAAAGAGAGACAAAGCGAUGGAUACAAAAAUAAAUUAUAAAAGUGAACUUAAGUUUGCAAUAGUUAAGAAUUUAGAAUGUGUCUAUUUUGGUAUUUCAAAUCAGGUUAGGGAAAAAUAAUUUAUUCUUAAAUGAUGUUGAGUCAAGUGACUCAACAAAAUAAAACAAAAUUAGAGGCUUAUCUAUUACCACUUACAAAAACUGAAUUUGAUAUGGAUUAAAGAGUUAAGUCUAUACAAAAGAAAAUGACCCAGCAGCAGAUGGGCACCAGGGUCUGAGGGCACAGAGUAGAGAGAUGCAGGAGCUUUGCCUGAGCCUGGAGAACCUGGCUGGGUCACUCCUGGCUUGGACUCCAGCCCUGGGGAAGUGUGAAGUCCUGGAGAUGUCUCAGCCUUGUGACCAUCAGUGGCAUUCCAAGGCUCUCUUGCUUCAAGCCCUAAGGCUAGAAACUAAUGGAGCCCCUUUUUCAGGCUGGUUCACCUUCCUGUCCCGGCACUGAGGCUCAACUCUCCAGUCUGCAAAAUGGCAUGACAGUGGCGGACUUCCUGACUUGAAGAUUUGUGGAGAGGACCACAUGACACACCACAUGAGAACUGCCCUGGGCAGUAGUUGAUACUUAGGAGCACCAGGCCUGGGAGAGGAGCUGGGGACAUUGGCUCUGUGGGAAAAAGCAGAUGUCCUACAUCAUCAGUCCUCCCAUGACUGCUCCACUUGUCUUGUGUCCUGCCAGCAAGUGACUGGGGAAGAGCCACAGAGGAGAGGCAGCUGAAAGUGAGUGACAAGGGCAGAGACUGGUGUCUUGGCCCCACCCUGAGUGAACUGAGGCACCCCAGAGAGGAGCAUGCAGCUCACUCCAGUUCCCUGGACUUGGUGGAACAGAUCCUUGGGGCCCUUCCUGACCAUCUACUGGAGGUGCUGAGUCACUCUCACAGUCUCUGGGCAGAAGUCCCAGGUGAGCUCACUGGCCCCCAGUGAUGAAGAACUGAUCAGAGUCCAGAAGAUGUUUGCAUUCUCUUUGUUUCCCCUGAGUCUCCUGGGAAGAUGUGGAUUAAGCUGAAUUAAGAGACAGGUGAUGAUCACAGGUGUUGGGUGCUUGGGUAGAGUCUCCAUGGUAACAGAGCCAUCUGGUUUUCUUGCCUGGCACCAGGCCUUAUGACUUCAUGAUGGAAUCUUUUCUCAGCAGGCAGAGGGGGAUUUGCCAGGGUAAAGAGGAGGCUGGGAGGGAGAGGCCUGCCGAGGGAGGCUUUGUCUUUUCAGCCAGAGUUUUACGAUUAGGCUUCAUCGUGUCACGAUGCGGUGCUACUGCUGACCCCAAAACAGGACGCCGGAAGUGGUGCUCACUGGAGACUAUGUCUCAGAAGAACUGUGAGGAUGAAUCUGGGGCCCCAACCUCUCCUAGCCUCCUGGAGGAGGAUGACCCAGGGCCCCUGUCCUCCCAACAGCAGGCCACCAGUUCAAGGGACAAGAAGCCCCUAAGCUCCCUCCACGUUUCACAUAGGGCCCAGGUGGCCUUGGAGUACCUGCCUUUCUUCUGCACCUAUGGGUACCUCCUGGCAGAGGAGGGGUUGGACCUGCAGCCCGAGACACUGCUCCAGGAGGACUCAGAACUGCUCAGUGGGUUCUUCCCUUACUACCGCUCUGAGGAGGAGAGUUUGCCCAGCAUAGCCCUUCCUGGCUGGUCACACAGGGGCUCCCAAGAUGCGCCCACUGAGAGGGAGGCACAGGCUGGCUGCUUCUGCAGGACAACAGUCAGGGACGAAUGCUCUGCUGCCUCGGCACACUCAGACCUCAUCUCUGGGUCCUCACACCCACUGGCCCGCUGCCCCAUCCUGCAGGUCUCGGCAGCGUUCGCCCAUGACAGUGAUCAGGAUGCUCCUCUCUCCAGGAACCAUGGUCUUUAUGCCUCAGGAUUCGUGCAUUACUACAGAACCCCUGAAGAGGGGCUGCACACUAGCCCAGGGCCUCCUGCCUCUCCAUCUGGGAGCUAGAGACCCUCAGGGGCUGCCCAGGGCUGGUGCGGUCAUACCGCGGGGAUGCCGGAGCUGGCUGCAGCGGAAGCCACUGGAGAGCAGGCCCCCAGCACCCACUGAACAUCAAGGGACGAAGCCCGUCCCAAGCUCAGACAGAGGGAGCAGGAGCCAUCUGAACAACUGAAGGGUGCAGACAGCCAGAAGCUGGUUUUGUAAAUAAAUCGUGCACCUUGAAGCUGGUGAAUUAAUUGGAUGCUUUGGAGUAAUACUUUCAGCUUCAAUUUAUUAAGCAUUUACUUUGUAGUAGGCACUUUACAGAGAUCAUCUUCAUAAUCGUUGGGUGUAGACACUGGUGUCAUCUCCAUUCUACAACUGUGCCCGAGCUCACACAGCUAGCAGACAGCCAGGAAGAGUGGAGCUGGGAUUUACACCAGCUCCGUCUGACCUCGGGUCAAGUACUUAAGCACCUCCUCGCUACAUUCUUCCUCAGUGGGUCUAUGCGUAGCAAGAAAUGAGCCAGGUGCUCCCCUACACCCAGGCCUCUGCUAGACCCAUGUUGCUGUCUCUUUUUCCUCAUUGCCUCUGUACCUUUCCUUUCCCUGCCCCUGCCCUUGGGUAGAGCAGGUGAGGAAGGUGACUCUGCAUGUGUCUGCCAGGCCCUACCUCCUUGGACUGUGUGGACCUGUUUUCUGGUGCUCCAGCCCAACCUCCAACCCCAGGCUCACCUGGCACAUGGCUGAAGCACACUGGGAUUUUGAGAGUAUGUGCUCAUCCCACCUACUCCGGGGCCAGACACUUAGAUGCUGGUUCCUGCUUGAAACUCCUUUAGCACCAGCCACACUGGUGUGACCCACGUUCACAGCCUCUCUGUCCCGUGGCGCUGGUUUUGUGUCUCCUCCCUGGGUGUGGGUUCUUUGUUUGCUUUGACGCUCACACACCUCUGACCACUGGAUCCCCACUCCUCCAUCCAAUGGCUGCUUGUCUGGAAUGCCCUCACCUGCUCACCGUGCUUCCUGAGGAUGAGGACCUUGAGAAGGGGAGAGAAAUCAAUUGGUCACACUAGAGUUACAUCAAAGAAAUUCUUUUUAGAAAAUCUGUUUUUUUACUAUUUCCAAGGCACUCCUAUGACUUCCCGUUGGGUUUAGGGAUUUGGGGUUUGGAGUAUGAUGGGAGUAUGAAGAAAUAAAGUUGCCCUUGCCAGGAA